UUCCUGUGCAGAUGCCAUGAAACUGGAAACAAAAGCCAUUUAUUGAACAGCGCGGAAGGGAAAAGUAAUCAGCUUUGAAAUAUUCUACCAUGGAGACUAAAGAUUUGAAAAAGAGAAGACCAGGUUAUUUUGCCAGGCUGAAGAAAAAAACAAAGCAACUGAAACAAAAGGAAGAAGAAUCUUCAGAUUGCCAAGCUGAAAAACCGCUGCAUAAAAUAGAAGGACAAACUGGUGAAGGUGCUUCUAAAGAAAACUUCACUGUAUCUUCACGACAUUUGGUUGACCAUGAAACACUUCUGGAUACAUCAAAAAACUCCUUAAAAGCAGGGGACAAUACUGUUGAAAACAAUAGAAGAAAAUCUCUAAAGAAAGAAAUCCGACGUGCAGAACUUAAGAGUUUUUAUUUGUCUG